UGCCUGCGGAAGGAGUCUCGUAUGAGAUUAGCUAACAGCUAGCUGUCAGUGUAAAGCACGGUCCUGCUCUGUGGUCUCUCCUCUGCUGUCUCUCCUCUGCUACACACAGAAAUUUGUACUGACACACAGAGGAGAAUGUCUGCGGCUGUGAAAAAUCCUUUUCAACAUAUAGUUGAGCCUCUGGACCCCAACGACCCAAAGCAGCAAUUUUUCAACCUUUCCAAACUUGGAGAUCCCAGAUAUGACCGCCUGCCGUUCUCCAUCCGGGUCCUCCUUGAGUCCGCAGUCAGGAACUGUGAUGAGUUUCUGGUGAAGCGCUCGGACGUGGAAAGCAUCCUCAACUGGAAGCAGACCCAGACUCAAACUGUGGAGGUUCCAUUCAGACCGGCUCGCGUCAUCCUCCAGGACUUCACUGGUGUCCCUGCUGUGGUGGACUUUGCUGCCAUGCGUGAUGCGGUGAUGAAACUUGGUGGAGACCCAGAGAAGAUUAAUCCUGUUUGCCCCGCCGACCUCGUCAUCGAUCAUUCCAUCCAGGUGGACUUUAACAGGAAGUCUGAUAGCGUUCACAAAAACCAGGACUUGGAGUUUGACCGCAACAGAGAGAGAUUUCAGUUCUUAAAGUGGGGCUCAAAAGCCUUCAGGAACAUGCGCAUCAUCCCUCCUGGUUCAGGGAUCGUUCACCAGGUCAACCUGGAGUACCUGGCCAGAGUGGUGUUCAACCAGGAUGGGUUCUUCUACCCAGAUAGCCUGGUGGGCACCGACUCCCACACCACCAUGAUCGAUGGACUGGGAGUGCUGGGCUGGGGUGUGGGUGGGAUUGAGGCAGAGGCCGUCAUGCUGGGUCAGCCAAUAAGCAUGGUGCUGCCUGAGGUGGUGGGAUACAAGCUGUCCGGAACCCCAGACAAGUUCAUCACCUCCACAGACAUUGUCCUCACAGUUACUAAGCACCUCCGUCAGGUGGGUGUCGUGGGGAAGUUUGUGGAGUUCUUUGGCCCAGGCGUUGCUCAGCUGUCCAUCGCUGACAGAGCCACCAUCGCCAACAUGUGUCCUGAGUACGGAGCCACGGCAGCCUUCUUCCCUGUGGACGACGUCAGCAUCCAGUACCUGGAGCAGACCGGGCGGGAUGCAGAAAAGCAGGCGUACAUUACAAAGUACCUAAAGGCAGUGGCCAUGUUCAGAGACUACAACGAUGUCUCCCAGGAUCCAGAUUUCACUCGGAUUGUGGAGCUGGAUCUGACUACAGUGGUCCCGUGCUGCAGCGGCCCCAAAAGACCCCAAGACAGAAUCGCUGUGUCCGACAUGAAGACAGACUUUGAAGCCUGCCUGGCAGCAAAGCAAGGUUUCAAGGGUUUCCAGAUGGCUCCAGAGCGUCACAGCGCUGUGGUCCCCUUCCAGUUCAACGGAAAAGAGUAUUCAUUAAGCCACGGCUCCGUGGUCAUCGCUGCCAUCACCAGCUGCACCAACACAAGCAACCCAUCUGUCAUGCUUGGAGCAGGGCUCCUCGCAAAGAAAGCCAUAGAGUGUGGCCUGAGCGUGAAGCCGUACAUAAAGACCAGCCUGUCUCCUGGCAGUGGAGUAGUCACUUACUACCUAAAGGAGAGCGGGGUCAUGGACUACCUCUCUCAGCUCGGCUUUGAGGUCGUUGGGUACGGCUGCAUGACCUGCAUAGGAAACAGUGGGCCGCUCCCGGAGCCGGUGGUGGAGGCCAUAACACAGGGAGAUCUGGUUGCUGCAGGAAUCCUUUCCGGAAACAGAAACUUUGAAGGGAGAGUCCACCCCAACACCAGAGCUAACUACCUGGCUUCCCCACCGCUCGUCAUCGCCUACGCAAUCGCCGGCACCGUGAGGAUCGACUUUGACAGCGAACCCAUUGCCAUUAACUCUGAAGGCAAAGAGAUUUUCCUGAGAGACAUCUGGCCCACACGGGAGGAGAUCCAGGCUGUGGAGAAGACAUUCGUCAUCCCAUCAAUGUUCAAAGAAGUCUAUCAGAAGAUUGAGAAAGUGAAUGAACGCUGGAACGCUCUGGUUGCUCCCUCUGACAAGCUCUAUACCUGGGACCCCAAAUCAACCUACAUCAAGUCCCCACCGUUCUUCGAUGGUUUGACCAUGAAGCUGCAGCCACCAAAGUCCAUCCAUGAUGCCUACGUGCUGCUGAACCUGGGAGACUCGGUCACCACCGACCACAUUUCUCCUGCAGGGAACAUCGCCAGGAACAGUUCUGCAGCACGCUACCUCACCAACAGAGGUUUGAGCCCUCGGGACUACAACUCCUACGGCUCCCGUCGAGGUAACGACGCCGUCAUGGCCAGAGGGACGUUUGCUAACAUCCGCCUCUUCAACAAGUUCAUCAACAAGCAGGCUCCUCAAACCAUUCACCUGCCAACCGGAGAAACGCUGGAUGUGUUUGAUGCUGCAGAGAGAUACCAGCAGUCCGGCGUCCCUCUGCUGGUUCUAGCAGGGAAGGAGUACGGCUCGGGCAGCUCCAGAGACUGGGCAGCAAAGGGCCCCUUUCUACUGGGUAUUAAAGCGGUGGUGGCAGAGAGCUACGAGCGGAUCCACCGCAGUAACCUGGUGGGGAUGGGAGUGGUUCCUCUGGAGUAUCUAGCAGGAGACACUGCAGACAGCCUGGGACUGACCGGCCGAGAGCGCUACACCAUCAUCAUGCCCGAGCAGCUAACACCCAGGAUGAUAGUGGAUGUGAAGCUGGACACGGGGAAAACAUUCCAGGUGAGGAUGAGAUUCGACACUGACGUGGAGCUGACGUAUUUCCACAACGGAGGCAUCCUGAACUACAUGAUCCGCAAGAUGUCUGAAAACUAACCCGCCAAGUGCAGCAACACCAGUCCUUUACUAAUUGUCAGCCACAGUCCAACGUGUGAGAUCAGGUGAUGGUUGACUGAAGAAUAGCGUCCAAAAGUUAAACACAAAACACAACAUUCAUAACCAUGUUCUCAUUUUUGAGAAUGCUGCUACUUCUUUUAAUUGUUAAGACCUGAGAGAAAUAUAUAAGGUGUGUGUGUGUGUGUGUGUGUGUGUGUGUGUGUGUGUGUGUGUGUGUGUGUGUGUGUGUGU